GAGAGAGAGAGUGCAGCCUGGAAACCUGAAGGCUGCUUUCUGCUCGUCUACACUUGCCCCUUGUUAUUUGCAAAGCUGGUUCAGAACUUCUGGAUCACAUGGUAUUCCCUUGGUUUGGAGAAGGAAAAGAGAAGGGAGAAAAAGGAAGGUGAGGCAGAGAAAAGCAAGCACCCCAGGCUGGUGUUGUUCCAUCUUCCCCACCCCUUUGCUCUCUUCCUUGCACAGAGAUGAUAGGAGCCUCCUAGCCCCUGUGAAACUGAAGGGGAGGCAGAGGAGGAGCAGGAGCCCAGAUGAUCAGCUCAGCAGUAGAGGGAAAAUGUGAAACAUGAAAAACCAGCUCACUGUUUGUGGAAGGAUGGUGCUGCUCCAAGUGUUCCCGCUGCUGCAUUUGCUCCCCUGUCUUGGCUCUGUGAAGGCUUUCUUGGGAUCCCAGCCCAAUCAGAAUAAUUUGCAGGACACAGUAUCUGGUGCAUGUGAGUUGGAGCCCUUAGGAUAUUACAACGGCUCGCUAUCUGUGACAUUGUCUGGGUCGGCGUGCUUAAACUGGUUGGACUUUCCUGAUUACGUUCACCAGUAUCCAAACCGGGGCUUAGGGAACCACAACUACUGCAGGAAUCCAGAAGGUGGCGCCACGCCUUGGUGCUUCUACCAACUUGCCUCUGGAGCCGUAGGCUGGGCCAACUGUGACUGCAGCCAAGGUGCCGUCCGACUGGUUCAAAGUGGCAGGGUGGAGUUGUACUUCAGUGGGCUAUGGGGCACUAUCUGUGGGGAUCACUGGACAGACUGGGAUGCCAGUGUGGUCUGCAGACAGCUGGGACUCAGCGAAAUUGGCACAGCCCAAAGGGAGAGUUAUUCUGGUUUGGGUCCAAUACCCUUCCACCUACAGUCCACAAACUGCCGUGGGGAUGAGAAGAUGUUGUUGCAAUGUAGCUACCAAGAGAUGUUCAGAACCUGCAAGCAUGGAAAUGCUGUGGCCAAAUGUGCCCCACCGCAAGGUGUAGCAUCUCCGCUCCGUCUGGUGGGGGGCAAAAAGAGCUUUGAGGGUCGAGUGGAAGUCUAUCAUGGUGGCCUUUGGGGCACCAUUUGUGACGACCAGUGGGAUGACAAAGAUGCUGAGGUGAUUUGCAGACAGCUGGGCUUCAGCGGAUCCCCAAAGGCCGUGUCUUGGGCUCAAUUUGGACAGGGCUUGGGCCCAAUCCUGCUGGAUGACGUCGAGUGCUCAGGCAACGAGCUUUCAUUGGACCAGUGCAAGAAAAGUAGCUGGGAAGAACACAACUGUGACCACAUUGAAGAUGCAGGCGUAAUCUGUGACCCCUUUGCAGAAGGUACUAUUCGACUGGCUGGAGGCCACAAACCGAAUGAAGGAAGGGUGGAGGUAUACCACAAUGGAAGCUGGGGAUGCGUGUGUGAUGAUGGCUGGACAGGUAUUAAUGCCCAGGUGGCUUGCAGACAGCUUGGCUUCAGUGGCCCUGCACAGCUGGCAGCAGAGGGGGAAUUUGCUUCUGGACAAGGCUUCAUCUUACUGGAUGAUGUGGCUUGCACAGGCAGUGAGCUGUCGCUCUUUGACUGCCCUCACAGCAACUGGGGGCAGCAUGACUGCUCACACGAAGAGGACGUGGGUGUCCACUGCUCCCCCGAUAGCAACAGGAUCACUGAAGAGGCUACAGGGAUCCCUGUGCGGCUGGUGGAUGGGAACGGCACCAAAGAGGGGCGUGUCGAAGUUUUCUUGAAUGGACAGUGGGGCAGUGUCUGUGACCAUGGCUGGACAGAUAGAGAUGCAGCUGUAGUUUGCAGGCAGCUGGGUUACAGUGGUACUGCAAAAGCCCAGACCAUGGCUUACCUUGCUGAAGGACACGCACCCAUCCAUCUAGACAAGGUGGAGUGCAGAGGCACUGAGCACACCCUGGGGGACUGCGUCACCCACGAGAGCAACAUUCACAGCUGUUGGAAAGAUGUCGGAGUGAUCUGUGACUACAUAGAGGAGGAGGAGGAGGAGGAGGAGAACCAGGCAAACACAAAUGCAGGUUCGCUAUUCGGCAUGUGUGGACGGCGCUUGCUUCACCACCGCAGAAAAAGGAUAAUUGGUGGAAACAAAUCUCUCAGAGGAGGCUGGCCUUGGCAGGUCUCGCUACGUCUAAAGGGGUUUCACAGAGAUGCUCGUCUGCUGUGCGGAGCGACUCUUAUCAGCAACUGCUGGGUCCUGACAGCAGCACAUUGCUUCAAAAGGUUUGGAGUAGAUGUACGGCGCUACCUGCUGCGUGUGGGAGACCACCAUACUGGUGUGAGGGACGAGUUCGAGAGAGAGCUGCCGGUGGAGAAGAUUGUCCUUCAUAGGAACUACCAGUCUAGCAGCAACGACAAUGACAUUGCUUUAGUCAGAAUUCGGGGCAAAAGUGGCAACUGUCUUUCCUUCAGCCACCAUGUCCUUCCUGUCUGCCUUCCUGAGAGGAAGGAGAAGUAUUCUAUAGAUAGACAGGCCUGCAUCAUAUCUGGCUGGGGAGAUACAGGGAGGUCAUACUCAAGGACGUUACUCCAGGGCUUGGUGCCCCUACUCCCAAGAAGAGUGUGCAAAUCCCGUUAUGGAAAGAAGUUCACUAAUCGUAUGCUGUGCGCUGGAAACAUUUCUGAAGAUAACCGGGUGGACAGCUGUCAGGGAGAUAGUGGGGGGCCACUAAUGUGUCAAAGGUCAGGUGGACACUGGGUAAUUCUAGGGAUCACUUCCUGGGGAUAUGGGUGUGGGCGAAAAGACUCUCCUGGUGUUUACACAAAAGUCAGCAAAUUUGUGCCCUGGAUCAAGAAGGUGACCAAAUUGAUAUAAGACCAUUCAAUCCAAAGGUGGAUUUGUGUUGUUUUACUCAGCAGUAUUUGGGCAGUGGUUUAGAAGAAUGUCUUCAUUUUGUCUCUGGUUUGGUGUCUGUUUUUUGCUGGUACCUAAACAAGGUUCAUUUCAAGCGGGCAGCAAGAAAAGAUUUUAUGCUACUGAUAGGAGACAGUGAAUGAAAAUUUAACAUCCUUGUGGCUAUUCAUACAAAGUUCUGUUUAUUGAAAUAACAAGUGGUGGCAAUACCACUCUUUCCAAAAGAGCUGCCACACUUCUUCAGGGCACAGGGGAGAAUGGGCUUGAUCAUAUUCCAUGGUGCUGCUAGAUGGAAUAUUUCUUAUGGUGUGUCCAUUCACACAAACUGCUUCUCUUGCUACCCUAGAUUACUCUGUGUUGUUCACCUGUAUGGUUUCAGCUACCUGCUUUAUUCUGUUUACACUCACCCUCUCAAUCUCUCUUUUUAGGCAGAUAUAAAGGGUGAUAUUGACUUAGUUCAGGUAUCAUGCCAAAUCAUGGUUUGCAAUUAGCUGACAACACAGAAUUAUAAACUGUUGCUGGAAGUGGAAUUGCAAGCCAUGGUUUAUGCUAACCUUGGGUUGGUGCAAUGCUUGAUUUUAUAGACACCUCUCUGUCUCUAGAUUCAUCUAGAGCAGAAAUGGCUAACCUAUGGCCCUCCAGAUGUUGUUGGGCUCCCAUCAUCCCUGACCACUGGCCAUACUGGCUGGAGCAGAUGGCAGCUGGAGUCUGUAACAAUAACUGUAGGGUCACAGGUUAGCAACCUCUAGUUUAGAGGCUGCUGAGCAACAGGAAGAGAAGGGAAUGUAGGAACGGAUUGCUCUGAGAAAACAAAAAUGGAUAAGGAGUUUGCAGGGAGUGACUUGCCUUUUGUAUGCUUGGAAGUUGCAAACUUUAGAAUAUGUUUAAUGAAAACCAUGAUUUGGCAUGAUGUCUGAACUGAGCUAUUGUGCUUUUAAUCUCACAUUGCUCUCCUGGGUGGUCAGGGGAAUUAUUUUUUCCACAGAACUUCUGCUUCUCUCACAGACUCCUCCUUUCCAUAUUUUCAGUUUUCCCCCUCAGGUCAGUGAGAAAGUUUUAGGGUGCUGAUUGGGAGAUAUGUCUGACUUCUCCUCUCCCUCCAUGUUUAACAUUUUUCUACAUAUCUCCUUAACACCAUAACAUAUCAGAUGUUACAUAUAUCAAGAGAACAGUUUUGGAGAGUAGCAUUUGAAAUAUAUUGCAGCUUUGGAAGACAGGCAGAAGUUUGUGAUUUGUGAUCAUGAACAAAUGUACCAAGCUAGUGUGGCUGGACAGAGAAACAAAACCUUGAGACAGCAGAAAACAUAGUACUUUAAAGUGUUUGUGCCAUUUUAACUGAAAUGAAUGAAACGAAAUGUGGCAUAUUCAUUUUAUUCCCUCGUUUCUUUUAUAACAUAUGUACACUCCAGCUGGUCAGCACCAUAGGAUGAUGAGUUCUGAAAUAUAUACUACCUGGAAACUUUAACCUGUGUCUUCUUAAAUGGUUUUUUUUUUUACACAUUAGAUGAACAGUUAUGCAAAUUACCACAGAUUUAUGCUUGUGUUUGUGUGUUGUGUGUUACAUUGCUGGCUAACUAUUGCUUUGUGAGGCAGCCUGUUGGUUCAUAGCCCAGAAUGGUCAGCUGACAUGAGCUCUUGUGAACUGCCUGAAUGUUGAGAUCUUCCUCAGUAGCUCUCCUGAGCCCGACGUCAGAAACAAGGCAGGCGAUGAGCAGAGAAAGAGCCUGUCCACAGCAGCAUUCAUCUUUGAAAUACCCCCACUCCAGGCUUGUGGGGUGCCAACUUUUUAUAUGUCCAGGGCUUUUAAAGAUCUGUUUGUAUUGUUGGCGUCUUGGGAGACAAUGGAGGAGUAUACCUUUGGGGAUGACAUCAAAACUGUUGGAGAAUUAUAGUGCCUGCUGUGGCUGUAGAGACUGAUACAGGAGAGACACAUUUUGUUGCAGCUGGGGCGGAUGAAGGUGUCCAGUUGUGCUGAUGCAAGUGUACCAUGGCAUUUCUUCUUUCUGUGCUCUUCCCUUUUAAGAUACUGUUUUAAGAAAAUAAUCUGGAUUUUACCUUGCUCUGGGUUUAAUAUAUGGUUUUACCGUUCUGCUGUUUUGUUGUUAUUAUUUAUUUUAUUGGUUGUUUUAUUGUGCAUUUUUUAUUUUAUUGGUCACGAACCCAUCGUGGUUCAAGUUUCAGAUAUAAAUUUGUGCCAUUAAUAAACAAUGUUUGACUGAGUUUCUUCUGAGCCUGGUAAAGAGGGAGUGGUGGAUGUGGCAGUUUUGGAAGAGACAAAGAGAAGGAUUUGAGUUGGCUCCUAGGGGUAGAUCUCUGCAGAACAGAUAUGGUGAAGUACAUUUGCUGCCUUCUUGGAGUGCCUUUUUGACUCCACUUACGUUUACUUGUAUAUUUGUAAAUAAAAUAAAUAUUACAAAAAAGAAGAA